GCCCCCAUUGUUCUGUGUGUCAAAAUGAAAGACAGCCCACACACCUAUACAGAACACUUCUUCCAAAGAAAAAUAGAUUAUUUUACCUACGCACAACACAAGUCUACAGACUGUGCCAUGGAUAGAAGAAGCACCCAGAACAACAGGGGAAACCCCAGACCAUUUAACCAUGCAGCUGAAGCUGAUCGAGCUUACAGGCAGAUCCACUGCAGAAAUGGCCAGAUACACAACCUUAAUGAGGGUCGCGGUGCCUUUGAGGAGGAGAGGGUGAGAUUCUUCCACAGCAUGCGCAUAGAAAAAGACAGGGUCAAACAUCUUGAGGAGCUCGUGCGUUCCAGGGACUCAGGGUUUCACCAAGAGCAUAAAAGGCAAUUUGACACCAUCAAAGCGCGUGAGGCAGAAAUCUCUCGUCUGUAUGAGAAUAUGAAAGCUGCAGAAAGCCAACACAAGCAGCAGCUGGACCAAAUUGUUGCAAGGUAUGAGGCAGAGAAAAUUGAGCUCUCCGACCAGAGCAACCAGGUGACAACUGACAGCCAGAACAAUGAUGGUCCUCUGCAGUUGGACGCAAAGACCACACAACUGCUGAUGAGAAAAGGGGAUGAACUCUUCGACUGUGUGACAGUCUUGGAGGAUAAAAACAGCGCUCUGGAGGAGAAGAUGGAAGCUGCAGAGCGUCAACACAAGCAGCAGCUGGACGAGAAGGUGGCAUGGUAUGAGGCACAGCAACAGAAGCUCUCAGACCAGAACGACGAGACCAACCUGGUGACCUUAAACCUGCUGCAGAGAAGAGAGGAAGAACUCCUUCAGUGCGAGGAAAGGUUCACCAAGAACCUGGACGAAAAAAAUCACACCUGGGAGAGUGAGAAGCAACAGAUGGAGACAACAAUAAAAGAGGUGACUCAGGAAAAGAACGACCUGGCCAAGGAAAACCAGAGCCGGGAGACUGAGUUCAAACAGGUGGAGGCUAAAUUAAAGCGCAUGGAGAAGGAGAAAGAUCACCAGGCCGAGAAAAACCUGAGCUGGGAGACGGAUGUCAAACAGCUGAAAGACGAGAUGAGAGAGCAUGAGGAGAUGUUCUCCAAAGACCUGGCCCAGAACCAAGAGAGCUGGGAAACCAAGGUUAAUUUGGUGGAGACCAAAUUAAAGGAGGUGACUCAGGAGAAGGACGACCUGGCUCAGAAACACCAAAGCAGGGAGAGUGAUUUGAAAGAGGUUCAGGCAAAGUUAAAAAUGGUUGAGGAUGAGAAAAAGGACUCGGCCAAGAAGAACCAGAGCUGGGAGUUAGAUGUCAAACUGAAGGAGAGGCAAGUCAAGCAGUUGAAGAACGAUUUGGAUGAGCAGAAGAAGAUGUUCUCCAAAGACCUGGCCCAGAACCAAGAGAGCUGGGAAACCAAGGUUAAUUUGGUGGAGACCAAAUUAAAGGAGGUGACUCAGGAGAAGGACGACCUGGCUCAGAAACACCAGAGCAGGGAGAGCGAUUUGAAAGAGGUUCAGGCAAAGUUAAAAAUGGUUGAGGAUGAGAAAAAGGACUCGGCCAAGAAGAACCAGAGCUGGGAGUUAGAUGUCAAACUGAAGGAGAGGCAAGUCAAGCAGUUGAAGAACGAUUUGGAUGAGCAGAAGAAGAUGUUCUCCAAAGACCUGGCCCAGAACCAAGAGAGCUGGGAAACCAAGGUUAAUUUGGUGGAGACCAAAUUAAAGGAGGUGACUCAGGAGAAGGACGACCUGGCUCAGAAACACCAGAGCAGGGAGAGCGAUUUGAAAGAGGUUCAGGCAAAGUUAAAAAUGGUUGAGGAUGAGAAAAAGGACUCGGCCAAGAAGAACCAGAGCUGGGAGUUAGAUGUCAAACUGAAGGAGAGGCAAGUCAAGCAGUUGAAGAACGAUUUGGAUGAGCAGAAGAAGAUGUUCUCCAAAGACCUGGCCCAGAACCAAGAGAGCUGGGAAACCAAGGUUAAUUUGGUGGAGACCAAAUUAAAGGAGGUGACUCAGGAGAAGGACGACCUGGCUCAGAAACACCAGAGCAGGGAGAGCGAUUUGAAAGAGGUUCAGGCAAAGUUAAAAAUGGUUGAGGAUGAGAAAAAGGACUCGGCCAAGAAGAACCAGAGCUGGGAGUUAGAUGUCAAACUGAAGGAGAGGCAAGUCAAGCAGUUGAAGAACGAUUUGGAUGAGCAGAAGAAGAUGUUCUCCAAAGACCUGGCCCAGAACCAAGAGAGCUGGGAAACCAAGGUUAAUUUGGUGGAGACCAAAUUAAAGGAGGUGACUCAGGAGAAGGACGACCUGGCUCAGAAACACCAGAGCAGGGAGAGCGAUUUGAAAGAGGUUCAGGCAAAGUUAAAAAUGGUUGAGGAUGAGAAAAAGGACUCGGCCAAGAAGAACCAGAGCUGGGAGUUAGAUGUCAAACUGAAGGAGAGGCAAGUCAAGCAGUUGAAGAACGAUUUGGAUGAGCAGAAGAAGAUGUUCUCCAAAGACCUGGCCCAGAACCAAGAGAGCUGGGAAACCAAGGUUAAUUUGGUGGAGACCAAAUUAAAGGAGGUGACUCAGGAGAAGGAUGACCUGGCUCAGAAACACCAGAGCAGGGAGAGCGAUUUGAAAGAGGUUCAGGCAAAGUUAAAAAUGGUUGAGGAUGAGAAAAAGGACUCGGCCAAGAAGAACCAGAGCUGGGAGUUAUAUGUCAAACUGAAGGAGAGGCAAGUCAAGCAGUUGAAGAACGAUUUGGAUGAGCAGAAGAAGAUGUUCUCCAAAGACCUGGCCCAGAACCAAGAGAGCUGGGAAACCAAGGUUAAUUUGGUGGAGACCAAAUUAAAGGAGGUGACUCAGGAGAAGGACGACCUGGCCAAGAAACACCAGAGCAUGGAGACGGAAGUCAAACUGUUGGAGACAAAAGUCAAACAGUUGGAGGAGGAAAUUAAUGAGCAGAAGGAGAUGUUCUCCAAAGACCUGGCCCAGAAACACCACAGCUGGGAGACCAAGGUUAAUUUGACGGAGACACAACUGAAACAGGUAGAGGAGCAGAGGGACAAGCUGGCUCAGAAAUGUCUGACUUGGGCAACGACUGAGAAAAAGAUGGAGGAGGAAAAGAAACUUGUGGAAGACCUCUGUCUUCACAUGAAGCACAAGAGGAGAGGUUUCUUCUCUCGCAGGAUUGAGACUGAGGAUAGAGAUGUCGUCUUGCAGAAAAUGCUAAGCAAGAUGCAAGAGAAGGAGAUGAGGAAGAAAUCAAAGAGGGGGGAACCUGAGGCGAGAAACUCCUCCUCAGAGGAGACGGAGAAGGCUGCUGGUGAUUCAGCUCCUGCUGGACAACAGUAA